CGUUGCUACCUGUAAACAACAUGGCAGACCAGUGGCACGCUUUUUCGUGAAAAGGGGUGUUUGACAGGCUCUGUCAUGUGAUGUAAAGUUACCUCAUGGAAAUUGCGGAAUAUGAAAAUGUAUUGAGUAAAAACAGAUAUGGGAUAAAGAGAAAAGAUGAUUUCAUUGGACAAAGUACCCAGUCAUUUAAAAGAAAAAUGUGGAACAAACAGUAAAACAACAGUUAACAAAGUCAGAUAAACAAUAUGUCUGUUUCUGUGGAGACCCCCCAGGACAAGGAUCCUCCAACUAUGCCUGGGUCAGUGCCUGAAUGUGUCACCAACAACCCUGACCAGUAUGACCCCACGGCGCUGGCCGGCAUGUUGAAACUGACCUCCAGACUCGACGCCAGCAACAAUUCAAUCAAUGAAGCUGAAGAAGUCAAUGACCAAGAGGUCGAUGACCAAUCAGUCCUUGCCUUUAUCGAUGAGCUGUCAAUGGAAAAGUAUGACGCUGAUGAGGAAAGCGAUUAUGAUGUUGACACAGAAAUGGACAGACAUCAGGAUGUUGAUGAGGUCUUUGAAGAAAUAAAGGAGUCAAUUUCUAGGAAUUUAGAAAGAAAAGAUUCGUCUGUGUCACACUUGAGUUUGUCAUCUUCAAACAGUGAGGGUCAAGUCGUGAAAAUAUCAGACAACUUUACCUCAAUUCCGUACGGAAUACAGCCCAGAGCUACGUACGAACAUGGCAAGAAGAGCUCCGAUAUUAUGGGAGUGUCGUACAAUGGGAGGAUGAGGCAGUUCAUCAUCCUGGAUGCUAAGGGGGUGAUCGCCUGGAAGAGGGAUGCUGUGGACGCCAGAGUGACCCAAGCCCUGACGUAUCCUAAAUACGAAUAUCGUCUCAUAACACACCUGGUCUAUGCAAGAAAACACAACUGCUACUUUGCAUUAGCGAAAGAUUUUAGUUUAAAGGUGAUGAACCGUGACUUUGUGGAGACGUGUUCCGUGAGUGCGGACCUGAGUUCCGUGCUGUUCAUGUUGUUUAACCCUGUCCGAGAUGAGCUGAUCACUGGAGGAGUCGGAGGAACAAAGGUGUGGCAUUUCCAUCAAGUGGCAGCCAAGGCAUUUAGGGAGCUGAAACCACUGGCUAACUUUAGACUGACCCUCAGGUAUGAGCUGCCUAACCUGGGAGGGAGCUGGGUGAAGCGGGUGGACCUGGACUACAACCUUGACCACCUGUACUGCUGCUCGGACACAGAUCUACACGCGUAUGACAUGCAGGGGAAGCUACUCUUCAAGUUCUCCCAAGCUCAUGCCAUGACGAUCACAGGAUGUCAGUACUCUGUAGCUUGUAAAGUGUUGGUGACUGCAUCUGUGGAUUCAGAGGUGAAGGUAUGGAGUUUGAGAGGUGGUCUGGUGCACACUUUCCGUGGUCACUCGCGAGCGGUCACUCACCUCCUGAUUCACCCCGACACCUCCACAAUAGCCAUCACGUCCUCCCUGGACGGCACGGUCAGAAUGUGGUCACUCGACACAAUGGACGCUCUCUAUAGCUUGGUUGUUUCUUCUGAUGGAGUUUUGUGGAUGGGGCUGACUGAUGACAACCUCCUCUACAUCAGCACAGCUCGCAACAUCAGCAUCUGGUCUCUCAACUACUUCUUCCAGUUCUGGAGUCUGGCCAGAAAUGAAUUGUCCAACUUGAGUUUGGUGGGCUGCAAGGGGAAGACGACACGGAUAGUAGCUCUGGGGGAAGAUAGCAGUUUGAGGCUGUUCGCCCGCAGCAAUCAGAAGAACAUGUCGACGGUGCUGCCCCCUCCCAGCAUCUCCCCACUACAGAAGGUGCUCAGCGUGUGCUACAGUCGUGAGUUCAGCGUCGUCUUCAUGCUGGUCAACCCGCAGGAGAUAUGGGUCUACACAACAAGAACUGACCCGGCUUGUCGGAUCGCUGUGUGGAACAUCCAUGAGAUCCAGUAUGUGUACAUCAUGAACAGGUCCAGGAGUGAACAGGACGGUGGUCAGGGUGUCAGACCCAGCAGUAGCUCCUCGAUUCUCCAUGGGGGCCAGUCAAGACACCGAGCCACGGAGAGCGGGGUGGGGAAUGAGGCGAUCACCAACUGCCGCUGUCUGUGUGACCUCAAUGCCUCAGCCAUGAUGUGGACGGACGAGGGCUUUUGCUGUCCUGUCAGACACUCCUACCUCCUGCUGGGAAUGGAGGAUGGCCGGAUCCUGUUCAUGGAUCCUGUGGUCAAAGGACAAAAGUACAUGGAGUUCAAAGCUUCAAAAGAUGCUAUUGAGGACAUGAGGCACGACCCCGGCCACGACUCCCUGAUAACGUUGUGCCUCCUGAAGGAGUUGAUGCAGAUACAGAUUUGGAGCCUCCCCGACCUGGCUCUGGUGCAUGAGGUCUACUGUGCUCCAGACAUCGCACACUACGCACGAAUAAACAUGACCUUCUUGACUGGACACAAAAGUGGUUGUGUCAAUGACUACACGUUGACGCCAGCUGAGGAUGCGGGGAUGUACAAAGCUAAAGCUGUUCCUGAGUUUUCGGAGGCUGUAGACAUUUACAAACGUCCCGAGCACAAUGAAGCUAUCAUAGCUCUGGAUGCCUGCCAGACCAUGAAAAUAUUCUGUUCCUGCAGUGAUGAAGGUGCUAUCAAGAUCUGGGAUGAGUUCCGAGUGCUUCUGACAGAGAUUACACUGGACAGUACGCUCAGUGCGGCCUGCUUCCUCAAUGACUCUGGGGAUAUGGUUGUGGGGUUCAAGAAACACAUGUUUUUUAUCGACCACACUAAAGUUUGUCCAUUUCUGACCCCUCCCGAAACUGAACCAGAAACGUUUGAUCAAGAGUCGUUUGUGUAUGAGGAUCCUGCAGUGAUGUAUGAGGGGGCGAUGGGGAAUCCUGAUCCCAUCACACUGUCUAACUACUUGGUGCCUUAUGAACUGGAGUUUUCUAAAGACUUCCUGGAAGGAAAGCUGCAACUUGACCCCAUGAAGGCGAAGAAAGAUGAGGAAUCGGAAGAGGAGUCUGAAUUCUCCAUGGCACCAACCGAAAUCUAUUUCUCUCCGCCGGACACACCUAAACCCCUCUCUACCCUCGACCUCACACUGGGGUCAGAGGUCAGCAAGUAUGACCUUGUCAAGCACAUGGAGAAGACCCUUCAGAUUCUCAUAGAAAGAGCAACUACCCCUGUGUAUAGACGAGAGAGGACUCCAAGACAGAGACGACAGAGCACUGCCAGAGAUUCUGCUGGCAAAAAGAGGAAACAUCGGAGAAGCAAAAUAACCAUGGCUGUCAGUGAUGAAGAGACAGACAAGGAGGAUGAAACAAGGGGGAUAACUCCAUUUGAGUUUCCUGCAUUUGGCAGCUCCCCUGGCCCCUCCCCCUCCCCCUCCACGCCCCCCACGCCCGCCACACCCCUGUCUGCAAGUUCUGCUGAAGACUCAGAGGAUGAAGGCAAUGUCCAAGACACGUCCGGACAACGUGCUCGCUCUGCUGUGACACAGGAACAAAAGUUACAAGCUCUUAUAAAGGCAAGAGUUGAUGAAAUUAUGCCACCUCCACCUCGAAAUGACCCCUGGUCGAAAAUGGUUAAAGUAUUCGUGUCCAAGACAGUGCUGAAGAAGGAGGUGAAGCAAGAAGUGGACGCUCUCAAGUUUUCUCCCAAGUCCAAGAUCAACCUGGGGGACAUGAAGGUGGACAUCAAGAGCCUUCUGAAGGAGAAACGUCACGUCCUGAAGGUCAAGGAGGCUGACCACUCCCAUGUCAAGUCCGAGCAGACCGAAUCUGUCCGGGAGAAGCCUAAACGUCAAAUUCAGAAGAAGAAAGCAGCUAUUACGAGAAAGAUGCCCAAAAGAGGUCAGAAAGGAGUCGACAGUGUACCGGGUAAACUGGAACAAACAGAGGUGAAGGACAUCCAAGAGAAGAAGGAAGAACAACCAGCACAACUAGGAACCCAAGCGGUUGAACAUGCAGCAACAGCAGCAGCAGCAGCAGCAGCAGCAGCAAAGGCAUCUCCAGGAGAAGAGACAGUGAUGACGUAUAGAGAAGAGAAGAAACCCGGGGUGUUGGAAUCUGACCCAAGACCUGACAGCGUACCCCAUGUAGAGAUCAGUGUGCCCGAUCUACCCUUGGUGCCAGGUCUACCCUCGGUGCCAGGUCUACCCUCGGUGCCAGAUCUCCCCAUGGUGCCAGAUCUCCCCUCAGAGGCCGGUCUUCUGGAGAAAAGUCAAUCUAGAGAGAGACUGAAGUCUGGCAAAGUGAGGAAAAAUCUGUCCUUUCUUGGUGAAGCCAAUCUCCCACUUGGUGACGGAUCAAGGGAGGCCACUCUCCCACUUGGUGACAGAUCAAGGGAGGCCACUCUGGAUGGUUUGAGUGACGGUGAAGAUAGAUCUGUUGAAUCAGGACAGCUGAGUCAAGGCUUUUCUCAUGGAAGAGUUUCAGCAUUCAACAUUCUGAGAAUACCGUCAGUCAGUGAAGAGACUGAGUCGACCUUGAGUAGAAAUCUGUCUCAACAGUUUGUUCCCCGCCCCCCUGAUUCCACCCACCUCUCUGACAACUAUAGCUACUGUGCUCCCCCUGCGACCCCUAUAACCCCAGAUACGUCCCUUGGGGAGGGGUCAUUCUCACCCCGCCCUCAGCCGAUAUUGGCGCCAGAGCCUCUUAAUGUUGUCCUCCCACAAGUCGGCCAUGAUGAAGAUGACAUUGACAUUAGAUCAUACAUGGGAGAGUCCGACUCGGGGAUGGACGGUGAGUUCAUCUCGGUGUCACAGCGGGGAAUGUACCUGACGGAGACGGAGGUCUCGGAGGUGGAGGAGGAGAGGGAUGUCACGGCCAGGAUGCUGAGUGACCCAGGGAAGAUCAGUCUGAAGCGAAGACCUGCAUCCUCCUUUAUUGACCGUCAGGAUUAUGUGCAAGACUCACGCUUGAGCAAGGCCCGGCCUCACACAGCUGCUAACGACCACUUCACAACAGAGUUGGAACUGAUUGUGGAUCUGCCGCACAGUGUCAACGAUCUGCAGGCGGCUUUCAAUGCCGCGAUGCUCAAGUACCAAAGAAUUUCGGGAAGUCCCCUGUCUCCGGACAAGCUGUACAGGAACGAUGGUGUGACUUUUGACGAGAACUGGCAAGACAGGGCCAUUGAGAGGCACAUGCUGCUGCGCAUGCAGAAGGAGCUGCGACAGUACAACGCAGCACAGAAACGUCACUUGCUGGAACAGAGGCAGCGAGAGAGGCAGACAUCGCUGUUUGGUCACUCUGACUGUCGACUCAAUACAGGGACUGCCCCCCGCCCUGGGUCUUCAGCGUAUGCUGUGCAGCAGCUGGAGAGAGCUAACACCACCAUGCCCCUCCGCUCAGCCACUGCAGCCUCCUCCCUCAUCCCCCAGCGGCCCCGCCCCCAGACUGCACACUUCGGCGCCUUGAAACGCCAGCAGCAGCCGAAGCAGUCAGACCGGAGUGACCUUGCAGUUGAGACACCCUUCAGGUUCCGUUUGAGCCCCAUGCCGCCAACUGCAUUGUCCAGAGCCUGGUCAGAAAGGAAGGACACUCCAGAUAGCCAGAGGAAGGUUGACCCUCAGAUGCUGGACCCCCGUAACCCUCAUGCCAUCAGACCCAAGUCCAGUCGCUCCAUACCCAGCAAGUGCAGUCGCUACAUCCUUGUGUCUCGGCCUAAAGAUCAGAACCAGCCACCGAUACCAUCCCCUAUGGAAGAGCAACUUCUGUUUGAACGCUUCCCCAAUAUUGGCAUGAAGACUCUCAACACAUUCGACGGAACCAUCAUCCGGCAGCGGAAACCUACCUACGGCAUAGAGUACAGUCCCUUUGCCCCACAGAUGCACUGACAGAGUACAGUCCCUUUGCCCCACAGAUGCACUGACAGAGUACAGUCCCUUUGCUCCACAGAUGCACUGACAGAGUACAGUCCCUUUGCCCCACAGAUGCACUGACAGAGUACAGUCCCUUUGCCCCACAGAUGCACUGACAGAGUACAGUCCCUUUGCCCCACAGAUGCACUGACAGAGUACAGUCCCUUUGCUCCACAGAUGCACUGACAGAGUACAGUCCCUUUGCCCCACAGAUGCACUGACAGAGUACAGUCCCUUUGCUCCACAGAUGCACUGACAGAGUACAGUCCCUUUGCCCCACAGAUGCACUGACAGAGUACAGUCCCUUUGCCCCACAGAUGCCAAGCUCCUCACAGCGAUAGUUUUGAGAGCUCCGCGACCAGUCAAAACUCCCCACUGUGAUAGGUGGCCCCAACCAUGCUUGCAACCGA